AUGGAUCUUACAACGCUAUUUCACAAUCUUCGCGAAGAAGUGUCUUGUUCGGUGUGCUCGGACUUAUUUACCGAUCCGAAACAUCUCCCCUGUCUGCACAGUUUCUGCUUAAAGUGUCUGAAUCGAUGGUACGAAACGUGCGGCGGUGGAGAUGCCAUUAAAUGUCCAAAGUGCCAAACCCUAAGUAGAGUGCCAGCAAGCGGUGAUCUGAAAGAUCUUCCAACCAGCUUUUAUUUGAACGGCUUGAUCGAUGUUCUUGCUAUUAAAGAAUGCAAGAAGACUCAAGUGACAUGCGGAAACUGCGACAAGAAGUGCUCCGAAGCUUCGUAUUGUUUCCAGUGUUGUAUAUUUUAUUGCGAGCAUUGCUUAAUAUGUCAUAAUACCAUGCGGGACAAAAAGGAACACCGCGUACUGGCGUUAAAAGAAUUCCAAAGCAAGGACUACGAGGAUGUAUUGAAGCGACCAGUAUUUUGUUCAAAGGAACGACACCAGAAAGAAGAGCUUAAAUACUACUGCAAUGGAUGCGAAACAGCUCUUUGUCAAACUUGUUUCGCUUUGGAUCACGGAGGUCAUGUUUUGAAAUUAAUCGAGGAAGAGGCCGAAAGCCAAAAACUCGAAAUAAAUACUGUUCUUCAAACAAAGAGAGAAGGAUUAAAUGCAAAACUGAACGUGUUUGCCCAACUAGACGAGGACUGCGCUAAAGUGAUUGAACAAAGUGAAAUCGCCAAGAGAGAUGUCCAAAGGUUUGCUGAUGGCUUGAUCAAAACAAUUCAAGCAAAAAUGAAAAGUAUUAUUACCGCGGUGGAAAACCAAACCAAGAAAUCACUUGAAAGAAUAAAAGCAAAAAGAAGCGAGAUUCAGCAACAGAUAAAUGUCACUAAAUCAUCAUUGGAGGAAGCUGAUAAACUUUUAAAACGAAGUACCGCGGCGGAAGUUGUUCAACUCAAAAAAUCAUUGCAGACAAUUUUUCAUAGAUUAAAUCAAACCGAGCGUAUUGUUCAGGACCCCAGUAGUCUGCAAACUUUUGUCUUCGUGGAAAAUCAGAAGAUGCUUGAUAUCGCCAACGAGGAAGAAAUUGGAUUCUUGAGAGAACCUUCUCAAACGAAAGCAAGUGAAUCUCUGGCUGAAGGUCAAGGACUGAAGGAAGGAUAUAUAGCGCGUAAGGCUCUAUUCAAUUUGAUCACAAGAAACGCGGAGAGAAAACAGUGUUAUGAUAAACACGACCGUGUCACGGUAGAGAUCAAGAACGAACAAGAACGAGAAUGCGUGACGAAAGUUAGAAUAGAUGAUAACAAAGAUGGGACCUACAAAAUCACUUAUUAUCCCAGAUUUCAAGCGACAUUCAAAUUAGUAGUUAAGGUAAACGGGGAACAUAUUUCUUGUAGUCCUUUAACUGUGAUCUUAAAACCAUUUCAAGUCAAACCUGUUUUAUCUUUUGGAAAGAAAGGCUGGGGUGAAGGAAUGUUUACGUUUCCUUAUGGGGUGGCUGUAAGUGACAGGGAUGAAAUAUUAGUAGCUGACGGCAAUAACCAUCGGGUUCAAGUGUUUGACAGUAAUGGUACUUUUUUAAGAUCCUUUGGUCGUAUAGGUGAAAAUGCUGGAGAGUUCAACUGCCCUAUUGGAAUAGCCAUUGAUAAGGAUAGAAAAAUUUUCGUAGCAGAUUGUAAAAACCAUAGAGUACAGAUCUUUAGUUGGGAGGGGAGACACCUGGGUUCAUUUGGCGGCAAAGGAAGCCUUGAUAAUCAGUUCCUUCACCCUUGGGGUUUAUCCUUAGAUAAUAAUGAUAAUGUCAUUGUGGCUGAUUCAGAUAACAAACUGAUUAAGAUCUUUACCCCGGAUGGAAAGUUUAUAAUGAAGAUAGGUGGGCAGGGAGUUUUUAGUUUUCCUUUACACUGUGUUCAGCGUGGUGAAUAUUUCAUAGUGUCAGACUCAUAUGAAUACUGUAUCAAAGUAUUUAACAGGGAGGGGCAUUUUCAGUACAAGUUUGGUAAGCAGGGGGACGGGGACGGGGAGUUUAAGUAUCCACGUUUUCUGUCAGUGACUCAGUCAAAGCACCUGUUGGUUUGUGAUAUGGGUAAUCAUAGAAUACAAGUCUUUGAAAUAGAUGGGAGGUUUGUCGGAAAAUUGGGAACAAAUGGCAGCAAAUUAGGAGAAUUCAAUUAUCCAUUCUCGGUAGCUGUUCUAAGUAAUGAUCAAAUUGUUGUGUGCGACAGAAAUAAUCAUCGAAUUCAGAUAUUUCAGUAAAAAUUGUCCUUUUUUCCUGGAGGAAAGGAAAAGGCAAAUCUCUCUUUGAUUAAUAUAUGUAUUUGUCAGCUGUACAGCAGUGCUAUAAUGUUAUUGUAGGCAAGUGAAGCCACAUUUAGUCCGAGGAAAACCCGUGUGGUCUUAAAUAAAUCAAGUUAUGUACAUAACUUAUUUGUUAAAGGAAUGAGUUAACUUGAAUAUUUUUUUAAUAAAGUUCUGUGUUCGAUAAACGAUUUUUUCUUUAACUCUUAAUAAUAUUCAUUCUCAACCGAGUUACAGAAAGGUGGCAGUAGUAGGCUUUUUUUGAACAGAAAUACGUCAUUGCUAAAUAUCUAUUUGUGCCUCAAAAACUUAUAAAUAUUCAACAGGCAUACUUUCGAGGAAGGACAUGUAAAAUUCAUCUGACGACCGAAAAGUGAGGGGAGUGAUUUGAAUUCAGCGUUUGGGGAGUUGAAUGACUGAAACAAUGCUAAUUUGGAUCGACUGGCCCGAGUAAUUUGCAUUUGCAAAUCAAUUAAAAAGUGAAAAAUUCAACAAAAACCUUACAGAUGGCAGAACAGAUUUUCAGCCUAUUGAAAGAUAAAAAAAUAGUGAAUCUGAUAGAAGUUAUCUUUAAACGAAAUACGGAGUCUUUUAACCAACAAACACCGAUCAUAUUUAUAGCGAAACAAUUCAUUUCGAAAUAAGACUGCUUAACAAGUGAAGAAUGAGUCAUAUAAACAGUUCUUACCAGUAUACAUUUACGUAAAAUUUCCAGUGCCCUUCAUGUCGCUUUGGAAUCACUCUCCCUUAUUAACGUACGGUUAUCAGCUGUGGAAACAGCCGAGCUUAAUCAACAACAACAACAACAACGGAGAGGGCAACGAGAACGUUUUUUAAAAAAAGCAAUUCGCCACUUGUACAUCUCCCAUAAUACACAUUGUUUGCCCCCCAAAAGUUUGCAUAACCUUUGAUUUUCAUUUCUCCUGGGUAUUAAAACCGUCCCAAGAGAAAUUGAAAGCAAUGCUUAUGCAAAAUUUUGAGGGGGCAAAUAAGGUGCAUUUUGGGAGAUGUGCAUGUGGCGAAUAGGUUAAGAUUAGCAACACAACAACUCUGCACGUACACCACGCUAUUUUGUAAAUUUCUUUGCCGUCUUUGCACGACUACGACGUGAAAAUGCCUAAUUAAAAUUUCACGUUUAUUGGAGGACGUAAACAAUGACACCAAUUUUCUCUUUCUUUACCUGCACUUUAAAACAAUCCUUUGAAUUUAUAAAAUCCCUGCCAGAAAAAUUCGCCAAAAAUUUGAUAAAGUGGAUGACAUGGAAUAACAGCGAUGAAGUUUGCAACACCGUGAAUUCACGUUUUUGUUGCCGCUUUAGCAUCGACGACGGCGACGGCAGCGAAAACGUCACUUUUAAAAUGAACUCAGGUUUUUUAAAACUUUGCCGCGUUUAUUCCAAUUCGUUGAAAAUGUCCAAUUUAAGCGAAUUUCCCUGCAGUUGAUUUCUUGGGGACCGCACUCAAGUUUAGAAAGAGACAGAGGAAUUCAUUGUCUCGUGUUUGCGUUCUUUAUAAAGACUGAAAAUAGGCAUUUUCAUGUCGUAUACUGGGUAUGUAUACAAGAGUUAAAUCUCAUGGUACUAUCAGUCACAUAGACGGAAGAAAAUCGGCGACAUCGUGAAUUUCAACUGUAAUUCUGAAUUUAUGAUGAAUCCACAGCAAAAUCAGUCUUCAACUCUUCAAUUUUUGAGCUCGUCUGUAUCAACAAUUUUUAUACGACGGUUUACACAUGUUAAGUGAAUUGGAACUUCAAAAAUGUGUAUUUAAUUAUCUAUAUUACCAGCUAGCUAAAGUUAUUAUCACAUUUACUUGAAAUCCUUGUGGACUCUUACCCGUAUUAUCUUUAAUGAUCCACAAGGGUUUGGUCUACUUUUUCAUCCAAGGGUAUUCACUUUUAUGUUAUAUUUUUCAUUUAUUAAAAAGGGGAUUUUUAUGAACUAAUUUACCCUAGCAAAUUUUUGCGAAGAUUUGAUGAGUUGAAAACAUCAUCCAUGUAAUGUUAAAAUAUUCAACUCUUCUUUGUUUUGAUUCUUGUUGCUUUUGUUUUAUGACAGGGGAAGGGCGAGGAUUUGAGAUAGCUCAAGGCCGUUUGGGACCUGGGCGAAUCCACCACUGCAUGCGUUCAAUUGGACUAGCAGAACGAUCACUCGAACUUAUGGUUCAGCGGUCUUUAGAGAGAGUGGCCUUUGGAAAGCGUUUGGCCGAAAAGGUUUGUAGUAGAAGGUUCAAGGUCCUGUUACACGACUGAAUCUGUUAGCCAAAGAUGGCAGUGGGAUCCAACUGGUAGCUAAAACGAGUACGCCGGACGAUAACGUUGAGAAGUUUUGUUGCCAACGAGGUUUAGGGACUGGGCAAGGCCACAAGUAGUAAUACCACUUACCUCAAUAGAUUACACUCGUGAUAAGGAACCCGUCGUACGGUAGUCUUGUCGUGUAUUGCAGUUACUAAAACGUUGAAUCAAUGAUGUUUCUUUAGGGAAUGGUACAGGAGCAGAUCGCUCUGUCAAGAAUUGAAAUUGAACAGGCCAGACUGCUUGUGCUUAAGGCGGCACACACCAUCGAUUGCCAUGGAAACAAAGCUGCAAGAAAACAGGUGGGUAUGUCAGCAAUAUUGGGAGCAGAGGGCAACCAGGGUGUCGAGAAUGUCACACGUGUGUUACCCCUUAGUUCUAGUCUACAGUUUAGUGUGACUAAAUUAGUGACCAAGCCAAGUUGAUCUUCCUCAGUUGUUACAACGUGCGUUCUUUGUUGGGAGCUUAAGCAAAGACGACGGCGACGGCGACGAGAACGGCAAAUAAUAAAAAAAAGAUUUAUACGGGUCAUGGAAAACCUGGAAAGUCACGGAAUUUAAGCAUUUCAUUUUCAAGGCCUGGAAAGGCAGGGGAUUUAAUUGUCGGUCCUUGAGAGUCAGGGAAAAUUAAAAUUUUAUUUGAUAGAUUAGUUACUGCUGAUGACAAGGCGAGGACAACAUAAAAUAGAGAGAAGUGAUUUAACAGCGCGAACGGCACGCAUUUUGGUGGACACCAGAGUUUGUGUCUGUUGAACUGUUUAAGGUCAAGAAAUACCCUAAAACAGGGAAAGUCCUAAAAAGGUUUGAAAGUGACAGCUAAACCUAAGAUCUUGGAAAAGUUUUAAAAGGUCAUGGAAAAAGUCAUGGAAUUUGAAGUGCUCAAACGAGUACGAACCCUGGGUUUAUAAUUAGAUUGGAAAAACAACAUUUUUGCACGUGCUUUUGCACAUUUCUUUGCCGCCGCUACACGGCCACAACCGGUGAAAGUGCCUAAUUUCACGUUUUGUCCAGGACUUGAACGAAGACAACGACUUUCUUGUUUUUUUCCUGAACUCUGAUGUAGUGUUUUAGAAUUUAACUAGAGAAAUUUUGCCAACAUUUGACGAAUUGAACGAGUUGGAAUAAGCGCGAUAAAGUUUGAAGCAGCGCGAAUUCACGUUUAUAGUGACGCUUUCGUAGACCUCGCCGUCGUUGUUGCGUAAGCUCCCUAAUGUUCUCUGUUUCAACCUGAAGUUUGUCUGGCGGCUCUGUGUGAGAAAGAAAGUACGGAGCUGUGAACACGAAUGAAACAGCUGAACCUUUUCUUGUAUAUACCUCUUUUUUGGUAAUAGUAGUGUACUGUUAUAGCAAGAUUAGUUUGAUGGCGAAAAUUUCAGUAGUGAUCUGUCUUGCUAUGACAAGUGAUAUUGAAUUUGCUUACCUGGUGAACCUACCGAAUUCCAGCGGAGAAUUGGUUGAAAAAGAGUGGCACAAGACUGUUUUACGUCGAUUGAGAACUUCACUGUUUAACUCUUGCAGAUUGCUAUGGCAAAGAUCGCAGUUCCUCGCAUGGCCUGUAACGUUAUUGACCGAGCGAUUCAGUUGCAUGGUGGGAAGGGAGUAUCCCAGGAUACACCGCUGGCUUAUUUCUACACAGGAGCUCGGAGUCUGCGCAUUGCUGAUGGCCCGGAUGAGGUUCAUUUGGAGGCAGUGGCUAAACUUGAGCUGAAGGACGCACUCAAAUCGAAGAUGUAACGUGGCUAUACCAUCCAUCUGGCCAUAGUUAUAAAGGUGAAAUGGUUAUGAAGCCGGUUAGGCUCCUUUGUUAUAUGUUUUUGUUGGCUUUUUUGGACCUGACAGUGCACAACUUUCUAUAACAUUCCUAUCAUUUUGAACUUACUGACUGAUAGAAACAUCGCCUGAAUUUAUUCAGUCACAAUUUGUGAACAAAAAACAAAAGAAUUGUGCACGGUCAGGGAGCUUUCAACAUAAUCUAUUGCACCGUUGUUUUCAACUUUGAUGUUUGCCGGCUUUCGCAACCAUUCUCCUCUGCUAACUAUGAUCUGGCACAACGAUAAAUAAACUACAUGUAAUCGUAUACUUAAUAAACAUAUGAUCGUAGUCCUGAAUGGGACUGUUGUUGACACUGACUGACGUUUCGACAACCUAUUCCAUAAAAAUGUUACUUAAAAUUCAGUGACGGAUUUAGUAGGGAAGAAAGCAAUGACGUCGAAAUCUCUCGUUUUUCAUCAGUACAUAGGUUUUAAUAACCACGAUGAUCAAUGUAGCAAGAACAGCACAAAACUUACGGUUUCAUGUACCAAAACAAUGCCUCUGUUCGUGUGCUUUAUACCGGUAUUUUAGCAUUUUUCUCUUCCAUAAUAAAAUGAAUAAUAAAAUUAAAGGUUUUAUGGAGAACGAGGGUUUCGUCUCCUUUGUCUAAACCUGUCCUAAGCUGUUUCAACCUAAGCUGUCGCGAUUCGCACUAACUGAAACAAUUGUGUUGUAUAGCUGGGUCUGUUAGAGACCUGUCACACAAUCAGAUUAUACUGUAGACUUGUACUAAACGUAUGAAAGCAGAAAGCAUGAACAUCUACUAAUGAGACGAAGUUCNUCUACACAGGAGCUCGGAGUCUGCGCAUUGCUGAUGGCCCGGAUGAGGUUCAUUUGGAGGCAGUGGCUAAACUUGAGCUGAAGGACGCACUCAAAUCGAAGAUGUAACGUGGCUAUACCAUCCAUCUGGCCAUAGUUAUAAAGGUGAAAUGGUUAUGAAGCCGGUUAGGCUCCUUUGUUAUAUGUUUUUGUUGGCUUUUUUGGACCUGACAGUGCACAACUUUCUAUAACAUUCCUAUCAUUUUGAACUUACUGACUGAUAGAAACAUCGCCUGAAUUUAUUCAGUCACAAUUUGUGAACAAAAAACAAAAGAAUUGUGCACGGUCAGGGAGCUUUCAACAUAAUCUAUUGCACCGUUGUUUUCAACUUUGAUGUUUGCCGGCUUUCGCAACCAUUCUCCUCUGCUAACUAUGAUCUGGCACAACGAUAAAUAAACUACAUGUAAUCGUAUACUUAAUAAACAUAUGAUCGUAGUCCUGAAUGGGACUGUUGUUGACACUGACUGACGUUUCGACAACCUAUUCCAUAAAAAUGUUACUUAAAAUUCAGUGACGGAUUUAGUAGGGAAGAAAGCAAUGACGUCGAAAUCUCUCGUUUUUCAUCAGUACAUAGGUUUUAAUAACCACGAUGAUCAAUGUAGCAAGAACAGCACAAAACUUACGGUUUCAUGUACCAAAACAAUGCCUCUGUUCGUGUGCUUUAUACCGGUAUUUUAGCAUUUUUCUCUUCCAUAAUAAAAUGAAUAAUAAAAUUAAAGGUUUUAUGGAGAACGAGGGUUUCGUCUCCUUUGUCUAAACCUGUCCUAAGCUGUUUCAACCUAAGCUGUCGCGAUUCGCACUAACUGAAACAAUUGUGUUGUAUAGCUGGGUCUGUUAGAGACCUGUCACACAAUCAGAUUAUACUGUAGACUUGUACUAAACGUAUGAAAGCAGAAAGCAUGAACAUCUACUAAUGAGACGAAGUUCUAGUACAUUUGUAAUAUAAAUGUAAUGUAAUAUAUAGUACUUUCACCCUGGGUUCUUUAGACUGUGUCAAGUCACCCUCUCCCCUCAAACAAAAUUGAGGAGAGAAACGGGAGCGGCAGUACACAGGCUAACAGUUGUUUUGCUUUUAUCUACACCGCAACCGUACUUGGUUUUACAUACUUCAUACAUAGCUGUGGCUUUCACGCAUUCUUGCUUCACAAAGGACUUACCAGCCCCCGGGGGGCUUAAUAGAGGAUUUACGGUAAUCUUUCUUUGUUAUUGAUCAUUUUACGUCUGGUUUAAGUUUCACAAUAAUUGACUCUUACAAUAGUGGUCUGUGAUUGGCUCGCCGUCCUUUGUUUCCGAGAAAAGCUAUAGAUAGAAAGUCACAAGACUUCAUUGCUGGUUGUGGAGUUCAUUGAAGGUCACUACGCCUUUGUUCCUUUAGCCAUCAUGGAUCUGACAACGCUAUUUCACAAUCUUCGCGAAGAAGUGUCUUGUUCGGUGUGCUCGGACUUAUUUACGGAUCCUAAACAUCUCUCCUGCCUUCACAGUUUCUGCUUAAAGUGCCUGAAACGAUGGCACGAAACGUGCGGCGGGGGAGAUGCCAUUAAAUGUCCAAAGUGCCAAACCCUAAGCAGAAUACCAGCAAGCGGUGAUCUAAAAGAUCUUCCAACAAGCUUUUAUUUGAACGGCUUGAUCGAUGUUCUUGCUAUUAAAGAAUGCAAAAGCACUCAAGUGACAUGCGGAAACUGCGACAAGAAGAGUUCAGAAGCUUCGUAUUGUUUCCAGUGUUGCAUAUUUUAUUGCGAGCAAUGCCUGGUUGGUCACAAUAUGAUGCGAGACAAAAAGGAACACCGCGUAUUGGCAGUGAAAGAGUUCCAAGACAAGGACUACGAGGAUGUAUUCAAGCGACCAGUGUUUUGUUCAAGACAAGGACACCAGAAAGAAGAGCUUAAAUACUACUGCAAAGAAUGCGAGACGGCUCUUUGCCAAACUUGCGUCACUUUAAAUCACGGAGGUCAUGAUUUGAGAUUAAUCGAAGAAGAAGCCGAAAACAAAACACUCGAAAUAAAAUCUAUCCUUCAGUCGCAGCGAGAAGGGUUAGAUGCAAAACUAAACGUAAUUGUUCAACUAGACGAAGACUGUGCUAAAGUGAUUCAACAAAGUGAAAUCGCAGCGAGAGAUGUCCAAAGGUUUGCUGAUGGCUUGAUCAAAACAAUUCAAGCAAAAAUGAAAAAUAUUAUUACCGCUGUGGAAAACCAAACGAAGAAGUCACUUGAAAGUUUAAAAGCAAAAAGAAGUGCGAUUCAGCAACAGAUAAAUGCCACCGAAUCAUCACUGAAGGAAGCUGAUAAACUUUUAAAACGAAGCACCACCGCGGAAGUUGUUCAACUUAAAAAAUCAUUACAUGCAAUCUUUCAUGGAUUGAAUCAAACCGAGCCUAUUGUUUAUGACCCCAGUAGUCUAAAAACGUUUGGUUUCGUGAAAAAUCAGAAGAUGCUUGAUGUCGUCAACGAGGGAGAAAUUGGAUUCUUGAAAGAACCUUCUCAAACAAAAGCAAGUGAAUCUCUGGCUCGAGGUGAUGGACUGAAAGAAGGAACUGUAGCGCGUAAAGCUCAAUUCAAUUUGAUCACAAAAAGCGCAGAGAGAAAGGAGUGGUAUGAUGAAGGGGACCGUGUCACGGUAGAGAUCAAGGACGAACAAGAACGAGAAUGCGUGACCCAAGUGAAAAUAGAUGAUAACAAAAAUGGAAUCUACAAAAUCACUUAUUUUCCCAUAGUUCAGGGGACAUUCAAAUUUUUAGUUAAGGUAAACGGGGAACACAUUUCUUGUAGUCCUUUUACUGUGAUUUUAAAACCAUUUCAAGUCAAACCUGUUUUAUCUUUUGGAAAGAGAGGCUCGGGUCAAGGAAUGUUUAAGUGUCCUGUGGGAGUGGCAGUGAAUGAUGGGGACGAAAUAGUAGUAACUGACUGUGGGAACCAUCGGGUUCAAGUGUUUGACAGUAAUGGUACUCUCUUAAGAUCCUUUGGUCGCAAAGGUGAAAACGAUGGAGAGUUCAACUACCCUAUUGGAAUAGCCAUUAAUAAGGAUAGACAAAUUUUCGUAGCAGACCGUGAUAACCACAGAAUACAGCUCUUUAGCUGGGAGGGUAGGCACCUGGGUUCAUUUGGCGGCCAAGGAAGACUUGAUAGUCAGUUCCUUAACCCUCGGGGUUUAUCCUUAGAUAGUACUGGUAAUGUUAUUGUUGCUGAUCCAGGAAACAAACUGAUUAAGAUCUUUACCCCGGAUGGUAGGUUUGUAAUGAAGAUAGGUGGGCAGGGUUCAUUUAGUUUUCCUGUUCACUGUGUUCAGUGUGGUGAAUAUUUCGUAGUGACAGACUACAGAGAACACUGUAUCAAAGUAUUUAACAGGGAGGGGCAUUUUCAGUACAAGUUUGGUAAGCAGGGGAAGGGGGACGGGGAGUUUGAUUGUCCGUAUAUUCUGUCAGUGACUCAGUCAAAGCAUCUGUUGGUUUGUGAUGGGAAUAAUCAUAGAAUACAAGUCUUUGAACUAGAUGGGAAGUUUGUUGGAAAAUUUGGAACAAAUGGCAGCAAAUUAGGAGAAUUCAAUUAUCCAUUCUCGGUAGCUGUUCUAAGUAAUGAUCAAAUUGUUGUGUGCGGCAAAGACAAUCAUCGAAUUCAGAUAUUUCAAUAA